AUGGACUACAGUGCCUCAAUAAACGAAUCCGAGGACCCUGCUGCUUCUCCUUGGGUCAGCAGCCCAAUAUCGUCGCCGCAACACUCUCGCACUGGCUUCGCACCGAUUCCUGGCGACAAUGGGAGCUCCCCGUUUCCAUACAGCCCGCAACCUGGAGGCCUGGAAGCAUCUGGCGAGACUGAUGGAUUUCAGCGGCCGGCUACUGCAACCACGGAUUUAGGCGCCGAGGGCGGGCAGAUUGACCAGUCUGCAAUCUCGGCAUCCUCUGUAGCCGAACCUGCAAGUGAAUCACAUUCGCCUGCGUCCCAAGCGCCUCAACAAGUUGGCGUAUCCCAGCCACGAGCACAGCAGCAGCCCCUAGCUCAGCGGAGGCCACAAUUCAAGCUCCAGGCCAAGAUUACAGGUCUUGAACGAACCGGCAAGAAGGAUCCCGUGCUCCGGUUUGAUGUUCAUACGAACCUUCCAGCCUUUCGAACUACGCAAUAUCGAGAUGUUAGACGUCUGCACUCGGAGUUUGCCAAGCUCGGCGAUCAUCUCAUCUCAGCCAAUCCCGAGGCUCUCGUGCCUGCCGUCCCGCCUCCUGUAACAUCGGCAGGUGCGGGAACGGACGAAGACGAAAACCGAGUAAAGGCCAUGAUGCAGCGAUGGUUCAAUUAUGUCUGCAGCAACGAGACGCUCAUGCGAGACGAUGAGAUGGUGCUCUUUGUCGAGAGUGACUUUGGCUACAGCCCGCUGGUCAAGAUGAAGCAGCCCGCGACUGGAGUCCGCAGAAAGAUCUUGAAGCAGUUUGCCCCUCCGCCCGACGAUACAGCCGAGUUGGCAGACGCUCGCCCGACCGUGAAGUUGUUCUACCUUGGGACGAUGGAUGCCGGCCACAAGGUCGAUAAAAUGGUCAAAGCUAGAAGAGGCCUCGGACUCGCUGAAUCCGACUACGGCAUCAAGCUCAGCAGCAUGCACGUCCAAGAGCCACAUCCCGGCCUUGCAAACGCCUACAAGAAACUCGGCCGCGUUAUCCAGACCAUGGGCGAUUACCACGCCGCCCAGGCCACCGCGCAAGCCGCCACCGUUGGCGACCCGUUCCAGUACCAUUCAAAAGAUGCCUUCAUCGUCAAAGAGUCCCUCACCAACCGCCAGAUCUUGAUCCGAGAAUUCCUCCAAUCGCAAGAAGCCACCAGGAGCAAACUCAACGCCGCGGAUCGCCUGAAAGCUAGUUCUAGCGUGCGCCGUGAAAAGGUUGACGAGGCCAUCGCCGCCCUCGACGACGCUCGCCAAUAUGAGGCCAGUCUGUACAACAAAACCAACCGCGUGACGCAUAAUCUCGUCCACGAACGAAGAAGGUGGUUCACCAGGACGGCUGCCGAUCUCCGAGCCAGCAUACGUGACUAUGUUCUUCGUGAAAUCGACGCCGAGAGACGAACCCUAGCGCUCUUGGAGACCGUCCGGCCGGAUAUUCGAUGUAUUGACGCUUCAGGCGGCUUGAGUCGACUUGGUCGAGAAUCGCACCCCACCGUGCGACGAUCCAGCCUGGCUUCAAGCCAGGGCCCCAAAGGGGACGCGUGGAGCGGCGUCCCCCGUCGGUCGGACGCCACGCGCAGCACAUCGAGCAGCUUCAUGGGCAAGGUAGUAGAGGAGGCGGAGGGCAAGGAUGACGAUGCGAGAGAAGGGCAGAGAGUGUCGGGGCUGGGGGGCGUGAAUGAGGAAGAUGACGAUGAUCGAAUUGAUGCGAGGAAUGCGGCGAGCAGGUUGGCUACCAGCACGUUUUAA